AUGCCGUACAAAUCGGCUGUUGAAACGGAUGCGGAUGUACUCGCUGAGCGCGAAGCUGAAUACACACAACUUAAGCAUGCUCUGCAUCUUGCUCAGGCGGACCGCCAGCACUACAUUGAGGAAAUGCAGUCGGCAAUGAGUAAAAUGAAAAAAACUAUUGAAAAACUUGAAGCUGAACGAAACGAAUUGUUGGACCAAAUCUCCAUUGUCGAUAGUAAAAUUAAUCAGGCCAAAGACCAGAGAACCUGUGAAGACUUGGCUAAUCUAGCAGACAAUAAAGACUGGCUACAGCAGCAAAUCGCUCAGGAAAAAGCAAAGCACGUCGAACUGGAUGUUAAGACACGUGAACUUGAAAAGAAUCUCUGGUCAUUAAUUCAUACAGCUGGAACAAAUCAGGGUGCGCAGGAAGCCAUGGACAAGCUACGAAAGAAACAAGCUUGCCUUGAAGGCCGUGUGGUACAUGCUCUCAAGACGUACAAUGAUGCUCUUGGAAAAAACAUGCGUAAGACUUGUAGCAUUUUAAGUCUGCUUUAA